UGGUUGAUAAUAGUCAAGUUCGUGUUACCAGCUGGUACGCUAACCGGUUAGCUACUGGAGCUACAUUUGCCUCUUUCUGGAAGGGUUAAACGUGAAAAACGGGCGUGCCACGCUGUUAAUCCCGGCUCUUCGGGUAGCCGCGAUGCCGGUGCACUCACGGGAGAAGAAAGACAGCAACCACGAAGAAAUGGAGGUGGAUUUUCCUGAGCAAGACGGCAGCAGCACAGAUGAAGAGGACACUGUUAGCUCGUCGGUGUCUGAAGAUGGAGACAGCUCGGAGAUGGAUGAUGAGGACUGCGAGAGGAGGAGGAUGGAGUGUCUGGAUGAGAUGACCACUCUGGAGAAGCAGUUCACCGACCUGAAGGAGCAGUUGUAUAAGGAGCGUCUGAGCCAGGUGGAGGUCAAGCUUCAGGAGGUGAUGGCUGGCUGUGCCCAAGAGUACCUGGAACCACAGGCCACCCUGCAAGAGAACAUGCAGAUCAGAACCAAAGUGGCAGGGAUCUACAGGGAAUUGUGCCUGGAGUCGGUGAAGAACAAAUACGAGUGUGAAAUCCAAGCGGCCUGCCAACACUGGGAGAGUGAGAAGCUGCUGCUGCUUGACACAGUUCAGAGUGAGCUGGAGGAGAAGAUACGUAGGCUGGAGGAAGACAGGCACAGCAUUGACAUUACCUCAGAGUUGUGGAAUGAUGGCUUGCACACCCGUAAGAACAAGAAGAAGGACCCAUUCUGUCCUGUCAAGAAGAAGAAGCCAGUCAUCGUUUCGGGCCCUUAUAUUGUUUACAUGCUGCAGGAUCUGGAUAUCCUGGAAGACUGGACUGCAAUAAGGAAGGCGAUGGCGUCUCUGGGGCCGCACCGGGUGAAGGUGGAUGUCGCCGCGGUGAAGCCUGACAGGCAUCACCACGUGGCUCGCUCCGAAGAUGGUCGGCUUUUCUACGAUAACCAGUGGUACUGCAGGGGGCAGACCAUCUGCAUCAACAGGAAGGAAGAGUGUCCAACAAGUGCCAUCAUCACCGCCAUCAACAACGAUGAGGUGUGGUUCAAACGGCUAGAUGGGACCAAGUCAAAGCUGUACGUGUCCCAGCUGCAGAAAGGCAAAUACGUCAUUAAACACGCCUAAAACACACACACACACUGACCGAUGUCUGCUGCUCCUCAUCUCCGUUUGUGUGUGUGUGUGUGUGCGUGCGUGUGUGUGUGUGUGUGUGAUUAACACAACAUGGUCACAUUUUCUUUGAGAUCAAAGCCAAGUGCUUUUACUUGGAAGCAAACAGGAAGUGCGACUAGAGCGGGAGCAAGCCUUGAAGCAGAUGUGAGUCCAGUGCCUUCCUGAGACGAAACCAGCCUCUGCUAAGGAGGGGCGGGGCCAGUCGUCUAGCAGAGCCUUACCUGGUACUAUGAGGACGGAAGCGGGGCCGUGUGGGAGUGACUGAUGCUGAUGUAGGUGUGUGUGUGUUUGGGAUCAGUCCAACCCCUCCGAACGACCGAAUUAGAACAUGUCUGAACUUUGAGAUGGUCCAUGGAGUUUGUUUCAGUUCUUCUCCUGUUGUGUUCAGCGCUACUUUUUCAACUUAAACCAGUAAUCUGGCCACCAUGAGGUGUGUUUCUGUGUGAAAGUAACGAAGAGCAGAUGGUCCUACUCGUUUGUGAUUGGUUCAGGGACAGCUUCUAUACUGACACUGAACACCAAUCCUGAGAUAUUAGUCUACACAACCAUACGUUUCUGUGUAAGCAGCAGCUGAGUGGAGCACAUCUGGGGUUCAGGUCCAGCUCAGAUGAUGUGAAAGGGUUGGCCCAUCAACAGCAUCCAGCGCCAAACGGCACUUCCUCUUUCUUACAAAGGAAGGCAGCCAUCUUGUUUAAAAUUGGGUCAGUCUGGAAGAUUCUGAAGAGAAAAUCUAUCUUCUUUAACCGGGGUUAUCUUCUAAAAGUAGGCCAUUUUAAUGAUUCUGCUGUAAAACCUGGGAGAUCGGCGCCGUUUAAAAGGGCAUGAAUCCUCCAAAUGGACCAGAGCGAACUGGAGUUAGCCGUCUUUCUGCUUCAGGUCGGUGUCGGUCUGGUUCUCCUCAACAACACCCAGAUGUCCACCAGGGUUACUUCAUACCCUUUACUCACGUGCUUUUUCUUCCUGACACUAUGGAUGCACAGGAAGUGCUACAAUCAGCUGCUUUUAAACGAACAAUUGCAUGAAAUAGUGCAAGCUCACUAGGGUGCGUCUUUGAGGAACGAUAUGGAGAGCGAAGAGAACAUUCCGGGGUUUUCCCACCGUUUGUUUGUUUUAGCAUUUCCAGCGCUCUGACUCACCUGUACAGACUAACAUUUAGGUGUUUGUGAUUGCUGUUGCCAAGCAUCUGAUGGUACCUGGACUUCUAAUGGAAGAUGUGGAGAUAAAAACACGUUUGCCACUUGUGUCCCAUUCUUCUCCUCAGUUAUUCUUUCUGCAACAUCAACCACGUAUGAACAAAAUGUGAAGGUCAAAGUAAGGAUUUUAUCCUGUUCACUCUCUCCAGCCAACCAGUCUGUAGGAGAUGUUUGAUCUUUGUAUUUCUGAAACUUUAUACAUACUUUAUUCAUUGUAUACAUCAAGUAUUACCUACCUGCAGAUUUAAAGCUCCAUGCGGCGUUUGCUGAUGAAAACCUUUGACAGAAAGUCUGGUUUUGCUUCCUUUUUUAUGCAUCACUGUGCCAAUGCAUGUUUAAAACAUUAAAGUUUUGUUUGUACCUUUCUAAGAAGAGCCCAAUCUGAGCUCAUCAAUAAAAACAACUGCCAGACGAUGAAA